AUGGACAAGCUGUGGUCGAUCAACAAGAAGCUCAUCGACCCCGUGUGCCCGCGCCACACCGCCAUCCUGCUCGCCGCGCGCGUGCCGCUCACCCUCACCAACGGGCCCGAUGCCCCCUCCGUGCGCGUGCUGCCGCGGCACAGGAAGCACCCCCCCGCGGGCAUGAAGGCGACUGUUGUCUCCCGGUGCGUGUGGCUGGAGGGAGCUGACGCGUGCGUGAUUAAAGAGGGGGAGGAGGUGACUCUGAUGAACUGGGGGAAUGCGAUUGUGCAGAAGAAGACCAUCCGGACGGGGAGUGAAGGGGACGGGGGAGGGAAGGAGGGAGGAGGGAAGGAGGGGGGAGGGGAGGGCGAGGGGGAGGUGGAGGCGAUAAAGGGGGUGCUGCAUCUGGCGGGGUCGGUGAAGACGACCAAGCUGAAGCUGACGUGGCUGGCAGACAGCGAUGAGCUCGUGCCUCUUACUCUCGUGGAGCUGGACUACCUCAUCACCAAGAAGAAGGUAUGUUGGUGUGGUGCUACUGUGAUUAGGGAGUAG